AGCCAAGAUCUGGUUAUACUUUGCAUAACCAUCAUUCCUAGGACUCCACUUGAUUUUCGCCAAAAGGCCAAGAAAGGUAUGCGACUGGGCUUCACCGGUGAAAAGGCAAUAUUUAAUCUGUGAUGAUCGAGGAACCGCAGCUUUUCUCCUGUGCUCGCUCCCCUGCGCCAUGGCUGAGCGAAACAUGACGGACCUUGCGAAGCUUGAGAAGUCCCAAACCAAGACUCAACAAGAAAUUGAGGAGCAGCAACAGGUAAUUCGACAAAAUCUGCACCUCUGUCUGUCGAUGAUUCUCGAGAUCAGUACGCUGCUCAAGGAGAAUGAACCCGGUCCUGAUAAAUCUAUGCCAGAUGAGUUUGUGGGUACAAUUAGGGAAAAGAUGAUUUUUGCGCGUGAGUUCGUCCAGGAUGAGAGUCACCUGACUGCUCUUCGAAAGGCAUUUGUGUUGUCGCAUGCAGAUGAAUCCACUUCCGGGAUCCCUGAUAUCAUAUCUGCUGCACUCAAAGCGGUGGUGGCUACGCUUGAUCAAGCUUUCGUUUCAUACAAGCGUUGCAAGGCGGCAAUCUCAUGUGCCCGUGCUGCAACACUUGCUCACAGAGCUGCACGACUUGUGGAUGGUCCCCAAAUGCAGGGCAAUGAUGAACGGGCAACAUCCUCCUCCGAUGAUGAAGAAUGACAAUAGGAGCCUGGAGUUUGAAGAAAGGGAGGGGGUUUCUUGUUGUUUGUCCCAAACAGAAUAGUUUCCUUCAUGUAGGCUUCCACUCCAAGUCGUGAUACAGCUGAUGUUCUGAAUUCUCUCUGUCAAUUCAUGCUCCAUUCUACCGUGAUUUCUCUGUUGUAAUUAACACCCGUUUCUAUUGUGUGCGACUGCCUCCUACAAGGGUCAAAAAGCUUGCCUCACUCGUUCACAGCUUUUCAUAUUACUAGUCAGGUAGGAUGUGCUAUUCAUGGGGAAAUAAAGAAACAGACGAAAUUUGUACUCUACUAAAAAG